AUGAGUUCAGCUCCAUCAUCCUCAUCUUUUUACAUGCAUGCUUUUAUCCUUGUUGUCUUGUGGUGUGGCUUGUUUGUCACCUCUGUUGUUGGCGGGAAUAAUAAGACGGACCGAUUAGUGUUGCUUGCGUUCAAAGCCAAGAUCAUUGAUGAUCCUCUCCAGGUACCAACAAAUGGAGUUUUCAAGAACACAAGUGCAACUUCAAUUAAGGGAAAUAUUGAGCUAUGUGGAGGCGUGCCUAAGUUUAAGCUUCCUAUUUGCAAAUAUGACAAAUCCAAGAAAAUGAAGCUGACUCAUUCGUUGAAGCUAAUAAUCUUUACACUUUCUGGGAUUUUUGGAGUAACUUUGUGGUUGCAUCCAAUUUCAAGAACAAAUGAGGUUCUUGAGGAACAAAAGAAUUUGAAUCUUCUUCAAAGACUAAAUAUUGCUAUUGAUGUUGCAAAUGCAUUGGAAUAUCUUCAUUAUCAUUGCCAUGCACCAAUUGUUCAUUGUGACCUCAAGCCUAGCAAUAUUCUUCUCAAUGAUGAAAUGAUUGGACAUGUUGGUGACUUUGGCUUGGCAAGGUUCCUUUGUGAGGCCACCCAAGAGUGUUUCACUAAUCAAUCAAGCACUAUCAAUUUAAGAGGAACAAUUGGUUAUGCUCCUCUUGAAUAUGGCACGGGAAAUGAGGUGUCAACAUAUGGGGAUGCCUAUAGUUAUGGCAUACUAUAUUUGGAGAUGUUCACAGGAAAAAAGCCCACUGAUAACAUUUUCAAAGACAACUUGAACCUUCAUGAUUUUGUUAAAGCAGCUUUGCCUGAACGAGUGAUUAACAUCGUGGAUCCUAUUAUUCUUUGGGAAAGAGAAGAUACGGAAACAAGGACAAAUGAUACAUUCAAAAUCGAAUAG